CCUAUGAGAUCGCGCUAAAGUAAAGUAAUUCAAAGUAAACAAACUGCUCCUUUUGGGUUUUCGGUAGCAGUUAGGUACCAUCCGGCGCGUACCUAUUCUGCGCAUCCUCCGUUAUCCUUGCACAUAUUGAAACUUUCACAACUACUACCUAGUAGGAGUUUUCAUUCAAUACCUACCUACCUGUAAGGUAAUACCAAUUGCAUCAUUCGGUAUCUAAGGUAACUACCUAACCUCAGGUACUUACCUUUACCUACCUUACCCAAACCUAACAUCAUAACUAUCGCCAUCGUUGCCCAUUAUCAUGGAUGAGUCGUUAUCAUCUCCUGACCCGCUAGGCGACGAACCUCCAAGCUCGGCAUUUCCAUUUACGCGCCGCGCGGAUAAUAAUACCCUUACGCACCACGACCUCUCCGCGAUUUCUAUUCCUAAGAGUCAAAUAAGAAGAUCAUCACCAGUGAGGAAUUCCCCUAGAAGGAGAAUCUUCGAACUCGAUGUUGGCAACGAGCUCUCACCAAAAAAGAUACUCGUCACGGUUGAAGCCGAAGAAGCUAUGAGGCGGGGUAUUAACCGAAGAUUAUUUCAGUCACCACAUCCACCAUCUUCGCCUAUACGAGGCCCUCGCCGUAAAGAAACUGUUAUGACUACCACCACCAUACCCCUUAACGAUGAGAUUGAGAAUGAAGCAACUCCGCGACGACGUGGCCGACCGCGCGGCACCGGCACCGGCAAUGGUAAUGGCACUCCGAUGCCGAGGGGGAAGAAGAGGGCCGCAACCCCUAUGAAGGAGACUCGGCGCACGCGACAAAAGAACGACCCGGAAUCUGAAGCCAGCUUAGUAGAUGCGACGCCAAAAGGGCCUCAAGUAGAUUCGGUCGCGUCGAAGGCAAAGGCGAAAGUACGAAAGACUCCUAAGAGCAAGUUAACCACAGAGGUUAUACCGUCGUCGCAAGUCUCCAAUAAUACGAUUAAGAGGAGACGUGGACGACCGCGAAAAGCCCUAAUGCCCGAGGAGGAUGCUGUACUAGCAGAUACCGGCAAUAUAUCAGGAAAGGGUGUAGCCAGCACCAAUGCCGCCCGGUCUGCAUUCGAUGAUUUAGAAAACCUACCGCCGCCAAGUCUAAGCUCGGUUCCAGAUUUGCCUGGCGAAGAAGAAGGACGACAAGUGACGACUAGCGAUAAUCUUAUCGAUGAUAUUCUGGAGGCGAGUGGAAGGACACCGACGCCGAAGAAUAUCUCCAACAUAUAUGAGACGAAGCGCACAGGGCGAAAUCCGGAAUCAGAGACAAUGUCAUAUCAAGGGGAGCCACAUGAUAGUGAUGACGGUAUGGAUGAUGGCUACCCGGCAUUGAUGGAGACUCAUAGCGAUGUGGAGUCGGAUUUGGAUAAUACCGAACAGAUACCUCACAGCGGACAGGACACACUCGCACACGCCUCCGACUUCAGCAUGAUCGCUGUGGAAUCCCUCCCAUCCUUCCAGGCGAAUAGAAGUGCCUUCCUUUCAGAUCCACCCGAGAUGGGCGAAGAGACAAAUAUGAUAAUAAACCAGACGCUAGAGUCAUGGCGAAACAGCACCCGAACGGAAGCAGACCAUUCAUUAGCACAAUCUACCAGAAGUCAUGUACCGGCAGAGGAAGAUCACUCUGGCGUACCAGAUCGCUCAGGGAUGGAGGCAAGUGACCGCAGUCCAAAGGAUCGAAAGAGGAGCCCAAGAAGACAAAAGCAACUCCCAUUAAGCCGACAAAUUUUCGCCGGUAAAGCGCCUCAUGUGGACGAUUCCUUUUCGAGUCUUCCAGACAGUAUUCUCAAAGCAGCGACGCCAGGACGUCUACCCAUGAAACUGACCUCCAUAGCAGAGCAGCACGGAGAUACUACAUAUGACGACGAAUUUUCGGAAAUCCCGGAUGCCAUUCUUGAGGCUGCGACCCCUAAACCAGCAAGUCGCGUUAGGAGUCUCGCGGAGGGAAGCCAUGCAGAAGCUUCAACCGUUGAUGACCAAGUCAACUCUGUCAAUAGACAGACAGGCUCUAAUUUUGGGUCUAACAGACUACCAACUCCUGAUGAUACGUCGUCCUCGAAUGCUGGUUCUAGAAGAGCUCAAGAAGAUGAACCGGGCCCGUCUACGAGAGAACAAGACGUUGCCGGUCCCAGUUCUAAUUCGGGCUUUCAAUCUUCACCUCCGAUUAUAAAUCGGCCGCGAGCAAUGGAUUUUGGCCCAUCUCGAUUGGACCAAGAAAUCAAUAACAAUACACCAGAAAUUCAGCAUUCCUCUCCCCAACUACCUCCUUCUGCUAAAGCACUUACGGAACCCCCUAAGGCAUUAGAGCCUCCCCCUCAUAGCAGACCAUCGCUCUCGCCGAUCGUACGUGUUGGACGAACGCUCCAAGAUGUCAUGUCAGACAGACCAUCCCCUGAACGGCGCGAAAGCAGUCUUGGAAGUCCAUUUAGAGGAUCGACUUCGAAUGACCCUUCGCAACCUUUCCCUUUGGAUCAAUCUGGCCAAUCAUCCUUGUCUAAACCACCCAGUCGACAUGGUCGUAGCGCUUCAGCUCAAUUCAAUCCCCAGUCUUUGUCUGGUCCUAGUGCUGCUCUUUCUCAAAUUCGGAGAUCCAGCCUGUCUCAUGGUCAAUCGUCAGCACAAGGUGAGGUGGUUGGUAACGUCUCAGCCCCGUUUGGCCCAGCUAUGGGCAAUAGGUCACAAAGCGGAAUAUCAAGGAAUACUAGAUUUGACACUAAUGGCCGAGCGCCGGAACUAAGUCGUUCAUUCGAUCAGUCCGUGUCUAACUCAGCUAGGACAAUUCCGUCAAGUGACAAUGGAAUAAACUGGGCCGCAGACGGUGAUAAUCAUCAGCAAGAUGUGAAGCAAAGCUCAGGUUCCCAGCCAACACGUUCCCGGAGCCCGAAUAUGUUUACUACGCACGGCUCAAAUGCAAGCCGUACAGCAACCGAGGCUCCGAAUCACGAAGUGACAGAGCAGCAGGAAAAAGGAUUCGAGGAGCAGGGUGAUAGCGCGCUAGUAGACUACGAGGCGGAUGAUGGUGACCUCUGGGAUUUCGAGGCAUCAAGGGUAUCACCUAGGAGGACAGAGCGCACGCGACGCACAAAGGUUCCAAGCCCCUGGAGAAAAACUAGCAGACGUCUCAUUUACCGCGAAGAGAUUGCAAGCCCUUCUCAAAUAGAGAUUGAGGAGAAUCCGCAGAGCGAAACGGAAGAUGCGCCACAAGUGCGACAAAGACCACGGGCUUCAGAUGCUCACUCCAUACUACAGGGAUGGAACUCCGAGGCUACUCGCAUUAUUGAGAGCUCGUCUCCCGAAAUCGAACAGUCAGUUUUGGAUCCUCGUCAGGAUGUCCAGGGCGUCCAGGAGGAGCUAGAAGCCCAAGGAGAGCCGGAAGAGGAGGAGGAGGAGGAGCAAGAGGCUCGAGAAUAUUCAGAAGCACGGGAAUUAUCAGCAGAAUUAGAAGAACCGGAAGAACCAGCAGUACAAGAAAGACCACGGGAAGAACCGCGAGAGCCUGUAGAGUCCGCGAAGAGUGUGGAAGCCGCCGCGGGGCCCGCCGAAGUGUCUGAGUACUCAAUGGUAGCAAAGCAGACAGGGGCUACCCCGGGGACUCAACAGAAAUCUAAAUCUCGACUAUUCGGCGGCUUUGAUAUAUUGUCUUUCUUCUCAUCGCCAGCUAUAUUACCUAAGAAGACUCCCGAAGCAGGGGCGGCAAAUACAAAUAACGUAGUCGAAAAGGUUCCCCAGCCUAUAUUCCAAAAACUCACUCAUAAAGAAACGACAAGUCAGCCCCCUAAGGAGCCGCAAAAGUCGCUUUGGUCUACAGGGCUCUUUUCUUCAAUCCCCCAAAAGGAAUCCCAACCGAGCCCAGAACGACGAACUGAUCUAUCAUCUCCGGCACCUCCUUCGCAGUCCAAAGAUACUAUGCAAAAUUCUCACGUCGAGGCUUCGCCCUCACCUGAGCCUUCGCCUUCUUCUGAACUUCAAUCCCCCGAACCUGAAUCUCCUGAACCUCCUUCUCCGCAGUCACCCGAACAAGUACCUCAGCAGUCCCCUGAGCAAUCUCUUGAGAGGUCCCCUGAACAGUUUUCUGAGCAAUCACACGAAUCGUCACCAGAACGCUCGCCCGAAAGAUCGCCUGAACAACUGUCUGAACAAUCACCCGAGCCCUCACCUCACCCCUCAACACCUAAACGUCAGGUCUACCCAUCAAUCCAGCAAAAACAAAACUUCACGCCGCGACCAGGCCAGUCUGGUUUGUCGCUCUUCAGAAGCGGACCGGCCCCAAGCAGGAACGAGAGCAGGAACGAGGAAGAAGACGACGAAGACCUCCUUCUGCUGCCAAGUGAUGAAGAAGAUGAGCAUGACGACCGGAUUGAGCAAGAUAAACAAUAUGAAGAAGACGGACAAUACGAAAAAGACGACGAAGACGACGAAGAUGAGCAGCAAGAACAGCAGGAAUCAUCAGUCUUGACAGAUGGAACGGAUUAUGAGCGGUUCCCUCCAAGAGAAGUCCCAUCCCGGUGGGACCGGACGCUUUCGCCGUCGAAAUCGUGUUUCCGUUCUCCCAUGAAGCCUACCACGCCAGGUCGGGUCGUGGCUUUUGUGCCUAGUGCGCUUUCAUCCACCGUCCAGGCCGAGAUUAACACCGCGAAUCAGCAGAACGGCAUAAGGAAUAAUACGGUUCCCCAAGCACCCGUUCUCCGAUCCAUCCCGGAAAACGCGCACGACGAAGCAACGGAUUCUUCUACUUCGUCCUUUUCAAGUCGUAGCACCGACGCCACUUCUCCUACCACUACUACCAACCCUUCCACGCAGGCGCCACCACCACAAAAAGGCGACGGCAAACCCGCCACGCAGCCCUCGUCUCGCCGACCCGUCGCUUUCACCCUAUCCAAGACAGAAUGGACCCGCCACCACUGGGUCCGCCUCGACGAGCUGCUCCGGCUCCGAUGGUACGACCCGCUCGCCUUCCAGCAGCAGCAGGAGCAACAGCAGCAGAAGCAGCAGUCGCGCUUCCAGCGCUGGUGGCGGCGCCAACCCCCCGCGCCCGACGCGUCGGACCUCGUGGGCAGGGCCAUCGCCGCGCAGGGCGAGACCCUGGUCCUCGAGAGGUGGCACGUGGACGUCGUGGAGGCGUUCGCCAGGGAGGUGGGCGGGUGGAGCGAGGCUUCGCUCGCGAAAAGGGUGUUUGCGCUGGUGGUGGGGGAGAGGAGGAGGGCGGCGAGGGGGAGGGAGAGGGUGGAUAAGGGGAAAGCGAGGGCUGUUGCUUGAGUACUGGUGUACUGGUACCUAUGCCUAGAGUUUGAACUGAAGUUUGCCCAUGGGAAGGAUGAGUAGGUAGGCAGGGUUAAGAGGAGCCCCUUCUCCACAAGGACGGGAGACGGAGCAAAAGGAACAGGGGAUACGAUGUUUGUUUGGUAAGAGGAAGGGAUAUGCCGAUAUACUUCGCGAAUUUUAAGAGGGUCGGUAACUUGGUCCGGUCCAGUCUAGUCUGGUUUUACUUCAUCCAUUCGUCACAGGGGAGCGAGCAUGACGGACCGCAUCCGCAUCGCACUGACGGCGCAUUAUCACUGACAUCGUUGGUUUAUUCCUUGUACAUAACAUAGCAUAGCCCGCAGGGCCACCUUUCGUACCUAUGUAACCUACCUUGCCUAGGUACCUAGGUAUGUAUAGAUAGGAGGUAGCUGGCGUUUUUUGGGGGGCCUAGGCAGAGUAGCCGGGCAGGAUUACAAUUGCAUUGCAUCACAUUCAGGAGGC